AUGCCCCCUCGCUUGUCUCCUGCUAGAGUCCAGUCAUUUGUCUCCAUAUACUCCUGCUCGUAUUCACAGUCUGCCGCCAGUAGCAGUCGUUUAUAUUCGACAUGUCUGGACACGCAUAGACAGCACUCGCACCGGCACUCGAAGCGGAUCUCCUUGCACACGCAUCUGGCAGCGCAGCGUGCCUUCCAUGCUUCCUCAGCACGCUUGGCACCGAAGGAUCCGUACCAAGUGCUCGGGGUGAACAAGGACGCCAGUCCCGCGGAGAUCAAGAAGAUUUACUUCUCGCUUGCCCGCAAGUACCAUCCUGAUACGAAUCCCGACAAGAACGCUCAAGAGAAGUUUGUCGAGAUUCAGGAAGCUUAUGAUAUCCUGAAGGACGAUAAAAAACGGGCGGCCUUCGACAAGUAUGGCGCAGCUUCACAGCAGCCUGGUUUUGACCCGGAUGCAUUUGCCAACGGGACUGGGGGCUUCCAGGAUUUCUCUGGGUUUGGUGGUUUUGGUGGGUUCUCGUCUACGGGGCGGGGACGUGGGGGACUGGGGGACCUAUUUGAGCAGAUGUUCAAUGCUUCCGGAGGCCCCUUCCCCGGCGGACGGGCGGCCGCCCAUGAUCUUCAAGGGAAUGAUAUAACGGCAUCGGUUGGCGUGACGUUCAUGGAGGCCUGCAAGGGCGCGACCCGCCACGUAGAGAUCACGCCAGUCGCCAACUGCUCUUCUUGCCACGGAACAGGCCUCAAGCCUGGCGCGAAGCGGUCAGCAUGUCCAACAUGUGGUGGCACGGGCGAACGGUCUUAUGUGGUCAGCAAUGGUUUCCAUAUGUCGACGACGUGUAACCACUGUCAUGGGACCGGAACGACGGUCCCGCGGGGUAGCCAGUGCGGCACGUGUGCUGGCGUCGGCCAGGUCAAGACGAAGAAGACUAUUAAGGUGGAUGUGCCUGCGGGUGUGGACGACGGUAUGACUAUCCGAGUUCCGAACGCGGGCGACGCGCCGGUGUCGGGGAAGGGUCGUGCCGGCGAUCUACUCGUCAGGGUGCGCGUCUCGCCUUCGAAGGUCUUCCAGCGCCAGGGCGCAGAUCUGCACCAUGAAGCUCGCAUUCCUUUACACACAGCUCUUCUGGGUGGAAGGGUCCGCGUUCCCACCUUAGAUGGAGAUGUCGACGUGCGGAUUCCUUCUGGAACACAAUACGGAGAAGAGAUGGUCUUGAAGGGGCGUGGCGUGUCUUCCGUCUUUAGCGGUACAAAAGGGGACCUUUUCGUCAGAUUCGCCAUUCAGCUUCCUCGGUCGCUCACUCCGCGGCAGCGAGAAAUCCUCCAAUCGUAUGCCGAUGAAGUGGAAGGUCGGUCAAACACUUCGAAGCCACCACCGCAUGCUUCUGCUUCCACGGAGCCGACAUCAGCAUCAAGUGACACAAAGUCGAACGAGUCGACUUCGUCAGAAAAUGGUACGGGUUUUCCUCCUUCUACAUCCCCAGGCAGCUGGGCGUCUCGUGCAUGGCAUCGGAUCAAGGAGCUCAUCGGUUUUUGA